CGGGGACCGAGCUGGCCCCGCGCUGCGCCCGCUGCAACCGAGCACCACAGCACCUUGGCCCUUGCCGCCGCGGUCUGGCCUGGCGGCUGGGACGCAGAGCGGAGUGCGGCCGGAUUGAUCUCCAAUUUCACUUUUCAAGAUGAAGCUUUUAUUGACAAUCACCUUUUUUAUUUUAAUUUCUUUGUGGGUUGAAGAAGCAUAUUCUAAAGAGAAGUCUUCAAAGAAAGGGAAAGGGAAAAAGAAGCAGUAUCUGUGCCCUUCUCAGCAGUCAGCAGAAGACCUCGCAAGAGUCCCUGCUAACUCCACCAGCAACAUCUUGAACAGGCUGUUAGUCAGUUAUGACCCCCGGAUAAGACCAAAUUUCAAAGGCAUUCCUGUUGAUGUAGUAGUCAACAUUUUUAUUAACAGUUUUGGAUCCAUUCAAGAGACAACAAUGGACUACAGAGUUAACAUCUUCUUGAGACAAAAAUGGAAUGACCCAAGGCUGAAGCUCCCUAGUGACUUCAGGGGCUCAGAUGCACUGACAGUGGAUCCUACAAUGUACAAGUGUUUAUGGAAACCUGAUUUAUUCUUUGCAAAUGAAAAAAGUGCCAAUUUUCAUGAUGUAACUCAGGAAAAUAUCCUUCUCUUUAUUUUUCGGGAUGGAGAUGUCCUUGUCAGCAUGAGGUUAUCGAUUACUCUUUCAUGCCCUUUGGAUUUGACUUUAUUCCCUAUGGACACACAGCGUUGUAAGAUGCAACUGGAGAGCUUUGGUUAUACAACUGAUGAUUUGCGAUUUAUCUGGCAGUCAGGGGAUCCUGUUCAGUUAGAAAAAAUUGCCUUGCCUCAAUUUGACAUAAAAAAAGAGGAUAUUGAAUAUGGCAACUGUACAAAGUACUACAAAGGAACUGGCUACUACACGUGUGUAGAGGUCAUCUUCACCCUGAGGAGACAGGUCGGCUUCUACAUGAUGGGUGUCUAUGCUCCAACUUUGCUGAUUGUGGUUCUCUCCUGGCUGUCCUUCUGGAUCAAUCCAGACGCCAGUGCUGCCAGAGUGCCCUUGGGCAUUUUCUCCGUGCUCAGCUUGGCCUCUGAGUGCACCACCCUAGCUGCUGAACUUCCCAAAGUGUCCUAUGUAAAGGCUCUUGAUGUGUGGCUCAUUGCUUGCCUUCUCUUCGGGUUUGCCUCCCUGGUGGAGUAUGCUGUUGUCCAAGUGAUGCUGAACAACCCCAAAAGAGUGGAAGCAGAAAAGGCCAGGAUUGCUAAGGCGGAGCAAGCAGAUGGAAAGGGUGGAAAUGCAGCUAAAAAGAACACUGUGAAUGGCACAGGGACUCCUGUUCACAUUAGCACUUUGCAGGUUGGUGAGACGAGAUGCAAAAAGGUUUGUACUUCUAAGUCUGAUUUGAGAUCUAAUGACUUCAGCAUAGUUGGAAGCUUACCAAGAGAUUUUGAAUUAUCCAAUUAUGACUGCUAUGGAAAACCUAUUGAAGUCAACAAUGGACUUGGGAAAUCCCAGGCAAAGAACAAUAAGAAGCCUCCCCCUGCCAAGCCUGUCAUCCCAACAGCAGCAAAGAGAAUCGAUCUGUAUGCAAGAGCAUUAUUUCCUUUCUGCUUCUUGUUCUUCAAUGUUAUAUAUUGGUCUAUAUAUUUAUGAUAAAUCUUUUCCAUUUGUAUAAAAUGAAAGCCUAUUUCAUUGUGACCAAUCCAAUUCAUAAAUGCUGAUCUGUGAAAACUUCUGCAUUUUCAUAGCAAAAAAUAUUGCACUUUGAAUGCCAUUUGAUUGCAAUCAAAUGCAGCACCUUACUUUUGAAUGGCAGCAUGAUCCUGUAAUGUCUGUGCUCUAAGGUGAUAUAUAUAUGUAGCAAAUCUGCUGCUUUACUAAUGAAUAAAAGAUCUGCCUACUACAUAAUAUCAACCCAAGUGAUAUUAUGUUCAUGUAACCUGCAAAUAUUUCUGAUAAUCCUGAUGACACACUAGUAUGCACGUCAAACCCAUCAGUGUCGCCAUUCUGAUGUACGCAGCAUUUCCAAUUUCCUUCCCUGUAGGUUUCAAAAAGAGCCAUCUUAUCCUUGUAUGAUUUUAAAUGGUAUUAUUGCAGAUGACGCAAAGUUGUAUUACAUAUUGUUUAAGUUUUGUAAGUAGAAGUAUAUCCGUAAUAAUUAUGCAGGUUCUGUGGAAAAAUAAAGUUCAGAAACUAUUAAUGUGUAAAAUCAACUCCUUUUAAAGUGUGCCUGUGUUUCCAAGAUGCCAUAUAAUAAAACACAGUAAGUAUUUUUGAAACAAAAGGAAAUC